GGCGGCCAAAGAGUUGUCGGCUGGGAAAUGGCGGCCGCGGGCUUGGUGGCCGUGGCUGCCGCCGCUGAGUACACUGGCCCCGCAGCUUCGGGAGGCAACCUUUCCAGUGCUCACUUCGGUUCGAGCUCCGGGACAGGUCCUGGUCCUGGCCCGGCCUCGUGGAGCCGCUCCCUCGAGCGGGCCCUGGAGGAGGCAGUGGUGACCGGGGUGCUGAGCCUGAGCGGCCGGAAACUGAGGGAGUUUCCCCGGGGAGCGGCCAACCACGACCUGACGGACACCACCCGGGCGGACCUAUCGCGAAAUCGUCUCUCAGAAAUUCCUAUAGAAGCAUGUCAUUUUGUUUCUCUUGAAAACCUAAACCUGUACCAAAAUUGUAUUCGAUACAUCCCAGAGGCAAUUCUAAAUCUACAAGCUCUAACAUUCUUAAAUAUUAGUCGGAACCAACUUUCAACAUUGCCAGUACACUUGUGUAAUUUACCAUUGAAAGUCUUAAUUGCUAGUAAUAACAAAUUGGUCUCACUUCCAGAAGACAUUGGACAUCUCAAACAUUUGACGGAACUUGAUGUGAGUUGCAAUGAAAUCCAAACUAUACCUUCCCAAAUCGGUAAUCUGGAAGCCUUGAGAGAUCUUAAUGUAAGAAGAAAUCAUUUAGUACGUUUGCCUGAAGAGCUGGCAGAAUUGCCUUUGAUACGGUUAGACUUCUCAUGCAAUAAAAUUGUAGCCAUUCCUGUUUGUUAUAGGAACCUCAGGCACCUACAGGUGAUCACCCUAGAUAACAACCCACUGCAGUCACCUCCUGCACAGAUAUGUAUCAAAGGCAAAAUCCACAUAUUUAAAUACUUAAACAUACAAGCUUGUAAGAUUGCUCCAGACCUCCCAGAUUAUGAUAGGAGACCCUUGGGUUUUGGCUCCUGCCAUGAAGAACUGUAUUCCAGUCGCCCCUAUGGAGCCCUUGAUUCUGGUUUUAAUAGUGUGGACAGUGGGGACAAGAGAUGGUCAGGGAAUGAGCCUACAGACGAAUUUUCAGAUCUGCCUCUCCGAGUAGCAGAGAUUACUAAAGAGCAAAGACUACGAAGAGAAAGCCAAUAUCAAGAGAAUCGCAACAGUUUAAUAGUAACCAACGGUGGAGUGGAACAUGACCUAGAUCAGAUCGACUACAUUGACAGCUGUACUGCAGAAGAAGAGGAUGAGGUUAGACAACGCAAGGUUCUGGACUCAGACAGCCUCAGUUCACAGUUUAUGGCCUAUAUUGAACAACGGCGAAUCUCUCAUGAGGGUUCACCAAUAAAACCAGUAGCCAUUAGGGAGUUUCAAAAAUCAGAAGACCUGAGAAGAUACUCACAUCAAAACAGGGUUCCAGUUGAGCCAUCUUCUCUUUUGUUGCUGUCACCAAGUCACUAUCAGCUUUCACAUACAGACCUGGAACUUCAUGGGAGAAGAGAACAACUAGUAGAGCGCACUCGGAGAGAGGCCCAGCUUGCUGCCCUACAGUAUGAGGAGGAGAAAAUACGGACCAAACAGAUUCAAAGGGAUGCUGUGCUGGACUUCGUCAAGCAAAAAACAUCACAAAGUCCACAAAAAAGUCUAUCCCCCAUAGACAGUGAGUGUCCCUUUCCAUCCAGAAGGUCUCAGCACACUGAUGAUAGUGCCUUGUUAGUGGGUGAUGACAGAUCUAAUGCCAAAUCAAGUUUGCCUACAACUGAAACAGUUCAUUCCCCUGCAUAUCCUCUUCCUGCUGCUCCCCAGAGAAACCAGCCCCAGCGUCCUGAAAGCUUCCUUUUCCGAGGAGCUGCUAGGGCUGAAACAAAUAAAGGUCAGGCCACACCCCUUCUCCCAUCUUGUGCACCUACAGCCGAUUCUACAAACUCUUUAACUAGACAGCGAGAAGAAGAGCUGAAAUUAAUAGAUCAGCUGCGGAAACACAUUGAGUACCGGUUAAAAGUGUCACUGCCUUGUGAUCUUGGAGCAGCUCUAACUGAUGGUGUUGUUCUUUGCCAUUUGGCUAACCAUGUACGGCCUCGGUCUGUCACAAGCAUUCACGUUCCCUCACCAGCUGUGCCUAAAUUAACAAUGGCAAAGUGCAGGCGAAAUGUGGAGAAUUUCCUAGAAGCUUGCAGAAAAAUUGGUGUACCUCAGGAGCAAUUAUGUUUGCCUCUCCACAUUUUAGAAGAGAAAGGUUUGAGCCAGGUUGCAGUGACGGUCCAGGCUCUCCUGGAGCUUGCCCCACCCAAGCAGCAGCAGCACCAGCUCUCUGCUGUUUAAGGACAUCCAGGCCCCCUGGGCUUUGGCCUGGCCAAAACAAGGAGCAGGACAACGCCAUUGCUGCUGCCAGCCAUCUGCUUAAACAAAGCUCUGUGUGUUCUUAGAAGGAACUGUUGCCACGAUUCCUACCAGGAAUGUUUUGCUUCAUUUCUCCAUUUUAGGGGAGGUUAAAUCCAUUUCCACUGAAUUUAUUUUCAUGAAGACACAGUUGGUUUUCUCAGGUGAAACUUGUCAGUGCUGAGAAUCCAACUUUGAUGCCUAAACAGGCUGUGUUUUCAUGCAGUCAGCUAAUAUCCAGAGAGAACACCCUCGCAGACGGAUAUUUAGCUCUCUUGGGGGAGACAGACGUGCUAUUACCUUAACCAGUUCCCAAGAUAUCUAGAGUUCCCUGGUUUCUAAACACCGUUUAAUGACUCUCCUGGAGCAUGUGUGAAAACACCGACUCACAUUAAGUAGGUCUGGAGCUAGGCAUGGAAAUCUGCAAUUUCCAGCAGGCGCAUUCCAGGUGCUUUUGAUGUAGCAAAGACCAUUGUUCCAAGCCAGGUACUUGUGUGGUUUUGUGGGGUACUGCCCUCACUGCAUUUUUCAUUCACAUUUAAAACCAAAAGCUAUAUUAUGCUUGGUUUGAGUCUUCUAUCAAAGGCAAGACAAAAGUCAUAUGGAUAGCCUAGAUUUUAUAUUGUACAGCAGAGAAACACACUUGCAUUGAAAGCCAGUGUUCUAGGCCUCCCUCCAGCUUCAGCCACCAGAGCAGCAUAUUUAGCAGAGGAGCUUCUGUGUGUCAUCUUGCUGUAGCAAGCACACAUAGGAGACCGGGCAGCUCUCUGGACACCCAGACCUGCAAACACACUCUAGUCACAACUGGCAGUGGCAGAUCAUGGAAGCAAGCAAAGGGACUGAAGGAAAAGCAAGUGUCUCAUCCUUAACUAGCUCCCAAUUUCCUGGCUGAAUCAAAGCAUGCCCUGCAUAUUAAGGGUGUUCUCCUGUCUUUCCAGCCCCACCCACCUGCCCGCCACAGUGCCAGCACUAGGCUUUGUGAUCUCAGGGCCAGGUGCUUGCACAGCAGUCAGAAGCCUUCUAGUUCAAGACCCAUAGGCUUUCCUUCCUCUGACCCUUUUUAGGUGUCAGUAAUAACUUUUGGUUUUCGCUCUUUGUAAACCAAAUAAAUAAAGACAUUCAUUCUAUAGGUUUUUCUGUAGCUGUUAACUUGUGGAUUUCCUUUACCAGUUCACACAUUUGAGCACAUUUUUGCCCCUUUUUAUCAUGUCAGCACAGAAUCUACAAGUAAAUUCAAGUAAAAAUCAUUUUGAGUAGCCGGACAAAAUAAUGUUUCCUCCUCCUCCUCCUUGCAGAGAACAUUACCACUUUGUCCAAGUAUAAAAUUAUGUAACGAGAUAGCUCAAAGCCCAGUCCUCUGGGGACCUCAGUAAUAGAACCAGACCCUGUAUACUUACACUUCCAAACACUCCUACCAGUGUGGAACUGAUUUAAAACUUAGUUGUGUGUAUUUCUCAACUCCAGCUAUUUUUCUUUCUAGUCACAGCAAUCUCUGAAGAUUUUAACAUAUUUAUGAGGAAAUAAGUCCAGAGCACGUUACAUAAUGCAAUACUUGUAAUUUUUCCACAGCAGUGAGUGGAAAUGUUGACUUCUUUCAAAAUUUGCACAUAAUAUUAAUCCUCAUUUUUACCAAAACUAGUUCAAAUUUGAAUUGUUAUGAACAGUUGUGUACAAUGCUGGCUGUUUGUGAAGGGAAGACACCAUGUUGAUUUUUUCUGCCAGCAUGUAAAAAAUGGUUUAUUGGGGAAUUUAUUAUCUCAUGUUAUUUAAACUGGGAAGAGCAGUUUAAUGUUUAGCCUUGCUAGACUCCAUGUAAAGUGAACGGGCAUUGUCACAGUUGUUCCUGAACUGCCACAGUGCAGUGGCCUUCCCAGCACUGAAGGCCUGAAUGGGCUGAGAGGCGGCCCAGCCCUGGCCACCCACAGAGACCGCCCGUCAGCACUUCCCAGCCUGUGGAGCUCACCUGCUUCGCACCUCACACAGUGUUCUCUCUGAUAAGCAGAUCUGCAGUCAGCUCAGAGGAGGGCCCAGGCCAGUCUUCAUAGAGGAGGAAAGGGCUUGGUAGCAGCGGACUUUCCUUAAUAGCUCUGAAAUACACCCUUCCAGCUAACCUACGAGUCUGUAAUCCUCUCGAUUUCUACUGUCAGCAGUGACUAAUGUGUGCCUGCACUGCUGAGUCUGGUGAAUUUUUUCAAAGUGCUUUGAUGGUUACAGAAAUGAAGGAACACAUGCAUAGUUAGAGGUCUUUUUUGUAUGCACAUUGCAGUGAGGUGCUUUACAGCAGAUUCCGUUUUCUAAAAAUGCUAUAAACCUGUAAUUAGUAAAAGAUUUUGUAAAACACUGUCCUAUAUUUGUAUGUCUGUAAAUAUAUUGUGUAUGUUCUAAGUAUAAAUAUGUCAAUAUUAC